CGGUUGGACAAAGUGGUAGCCCGAAUGUGCCUCCAGAUCGCUUACCGUUUUUAGAAAUAUUAACCAAGUUUUCAGCAAAGCUUGACGAAGAGGAUAGAUCUUCUGUAUGAUCGUCGGCAAUUGGAUAUGCCUGUACCUCCGAGACAGGUACAAGGCGUUGGCGGCCCUGGUAUUACUUUUAGUAAACGCCAGCGGCUACAACGGCGUACAAGUGACCGCCCAAAUGAUGCAAACCUUUGAGCAUUUUGCACUGGCAAAUUACAUAGAAGGAGGUUUUGUAGAGGAAGAUGAAGGAUUUUCUUCUCUACUCUCCAAAAAUAAAAAACUUACUGUUGAUUUUUGCCAGUUCUUCCAAAGUAUUAUAAAGACGGGUGGAGACAUAAUUUAUGAUGUUUUUUUUAUGAAAAAUCUGACCUCAAUCUUAAAACAUUUGUCUAGAUUGGGUCAGAAAAAUAUAAGAUAUACAACGACAUUGGCAGGCUGGUCGAUCAAUACAGAGUUCAGACCUGAAUCGGUGGUCGGAGCUGAUUCAGGUCGAAGAAGCGAAGGAGACGACGAGGCGUGAUCUGAGCCGCUUGGCAUUCCUUCAAUCUGAAAAAAAUAAAUUAAAUAAAAAGUAUAGGGAACUUGAAUUGUGCAUCAACUCCCUAUACAGGCAUUUAAUUUAUAAACGCAUCAAAGAUAUCGCACCUGUCACAAGACGUGUCAGCAUACGAGAAUUGGGCCGCUCGUUAAGAAAGCACCCAGGACUAUUCUUACACGAAUCGACUUUGCGGCUUUUUGCAUUUUUCCUCUAUGACAAGGCUGCAUCAGUACGGGCAAGCGCUUUAAAAGCCUUGCUCCCGUUGUAUGAGGACGUAAAAUUAGCCAACAAAUUAAAAUUGUUCAGUCACAAAUACCAACAAAGAAUUCUUCGAUUCUCUUGGGACAAGAGCCAAUGUAAUCAAGUGAUUGCAAUAAAGCUCGUCACAGCAGUGUUCAGGUCCUAUCCGUACCUAUUCACUACGAAGGACUUGAACACUGUUUCAAGUUUAAUGUUCUCUCCGAACCGAAAGAUUGCGGUGGCAGCAGGAACAUUUUUUUAUAAUGUCUUUGUAAUAUUGGAUCAAGAUUCAAAUGGGGCCGGAUUUGGGGUUCGAUGGUUCAGGCAUGUGACAACUUCGAUCAUUGAAUUGAAAGGAUUAAAUUCUAUUUCUUAUCUAGUGUUUGCCCUAGUUGCAAACACUGAGAUAAUGAAAGACUGGGAUUCAAUGAUCCACAUUUUAAUUCGAGAACAUGAUGAACCUUUGACCCCAAUCCCCCAACCCCAGGAAAUUUUAAUAGAAAUUAUGUUCUGGUGUGCUGCAAGUCUUUCAAGUACUGGUGAGAGAGGAACAGAUAACAUGGUCCCAAGUAUAAAACAAAAAAAAAUGAAAAAAGACAAAUCAAAUAUGACCAAAUAUCUAAUGCCGGUGAUGGCGACUCUGUUGGCUCGCUUUAAAAGCAAUGUCAAUUGUAUUAUCCAUUUGAUAAAAAUUCCUCAAUAUUUUGACUUUGAUAAUACAAUUGACAUGGAAGAUCUGCAUUUAAGGAAUUUAUUGGGCGCUCUGCAAGCCAUCGCCCAGGAUUCUGCAGACGCGACAGUGCUGGACAACUGCAGCAAUACUUUGCAUUGCCUUUCUAAAAGGGCAAGAAGUAUUGCUGCAGAUUGCGAUGUCGCCAUUAAGACCAUCGUAGACAAAUGCGCAUUCGUAUAUAUGGAGCCAUAUAUUACAUGGCUAUGUAUUGUGGAUGGGCAAAUGGAUCCAAAAUGUGCCAAGAAAGAAGAUUUUCCUGAGAUUUUAAAUUCCCUAAAAAAAAUCUACAUUUUCCAAUAUUUAUAUAAUGUAAAUUAUUUAAAUAUAUGGGAAGAUUUUUUAGAGGAAUUUAAAGUCUUCAGGAAUGGCGUUAUUGAAAGGAAUCUCCCUAUCGAAGGAUCGAUAUACUGCCUGCUUUCUUACGGCGCUUAUUUAUCUUGGGCAUUGAUCGAAGUGAAAAAAAUGGAUUUAAAUAAUAUGGUCGUUAAUGCUAUCGCUUGUAUGGAACAAGCCGAUAUGUUAAAGUUAAAAUUAAAAAAUUACAUUGAAAUUUGCAAAGACAUUGUACAAAAUGUCUCUCAUAACGAUCUCCAACAAGCUGCCUUGUUUGCAAUAUGUACAUUAGCCGCAAAUUUCAAUGUAGAACUGGCCGACCAUAAGAACCCGAUUCUACACGACUUGGUUUUAAAACUAAGCUCGGAUGACGUUAUGUUAAUCAAUAAGUAUGCAGAAGAAUAUGUUUUCUUAAAACAUUGGACAGGAACACACGAAGAAGAUCAAGUCCAAAUAAAGAAACGUCGUGAAGUCUUGGAGCGUUUUUGCAAACUUAUUGAAUUUGGUAUCAUACCAGUUACCAGCGCGUCCUUUGUUUUGAUGUAUUAUGUGAAGUGUGAAAAAUGCUAUGGAGAUAUCAUAAAGAAAAUGGUCGCCACGAUGUGCAGCCUCAGCAGGACAAAUUGCACCACGGUCAUGUUCCUGACUUUGAAGGAAAAUUAUUUGCAGGUGGAAAGUUCAUGUGCUGGCGAUGUGGUUAAUAAAACUAUCGAAGGAUUUGUGCAGCUAAAGACUUUGGCCGCACAUCUAGCCAAGUUCUUGGGCACAAACAAACUGAAAAAUCGACAAGCAGUAGCAAAGCUGCACGAGGCUGGGAUUCUGUUUGCGGUUGAACAAAGUGGUAGCCCGAAUGUGCCUCCACAUCGCUUACCGUUUUUAGAAAUAUUAACCAAGUUUUCAGCAAAGCUUGAAGAAGAGGAUAGAUCUUCUGUAUUCAAGUACUUACAAUCAAGGAGUGGAGUACCUUCGAGAAUACCCUCAGGAGCCAUAUGGGCUCCAUAUAGAGCUUAUAGAAGGUCUCUUAUCGGUUCAAAACCCGACAUAUACGGAGCAAAGGGCCAAGGGACCAAGCCAAAGGCCAAGACCUACAGAUGCAGCUGGUGAAACCUUUCCUUUUCCUACAACAUCCAUACAGAGGUCCGGGCAUUCUAUGGAGCGACCGCAUGGGGAAACAAUUAGGAGAUAUCCAGGUACAACUGGUGAACGCCCCGCCACGCCAAUGACAAGAACACCACAGAGAUCCCCGGGCCGCGCCCCCAUUAGGAUUAUAAUAAGUAUAUUUUAAUAUUAAUUGACUUAUUGUGCAAUAAAUACGUUAAUGUUAGUGUUAGUAAAGAUAAAGAUAAUAACAAUUAUAUUUUUGUUCUGAAGCUCCGGUCAGUAAACCCUCGGGGCCGCGAUCGCCCCCAACA